AAUUCGUGGGCAAAUGUCAACUUUACAAUGAGCCGGGUUCUGCUAAGAGGCAUCCAAUGCCAUGCUUGCCGAAGUAAUGUCAUUCGGUCGUUUAUCUCCCUUUCUGAUGUAGCGAUAACGCCUCUGGCUGGUGGUUCGAGGUCCACCGCGCAAGCCCGUCCUCCACCCCUAUCGCGAAAUUUUUCAUCGCAACAUGCGAAAUUAUUUUCGAAUCAGCCUUCGGACAAUGCUGAGUUGUCUGUUGAUCCCAUACCUGAAAUCCAUAACGGGGAAGAACCUGAAGGGCAGCCAGAAGAAUCCCAAGAACAUAUCCCCUGGUACCUCAAGGAGGAGCAGGUUGAAGAAACAAUACCACACCCAUUAAGAAGGCAACAACCACUGCCACCGCUUCCAGAGAACCCACCCCCAAUUUUGGAAAAUCUUCUUGAGCAUAUAUCCGUCGACAUUGGCCUCGACAAUCUCAGCCUCCUUGAUCUUCGCAGACUCGACCCUCCUCCCGCCCUGGGUGCAAAUCUCAUUAUGAUUUUCGGUACUGCUCGAGGUGUGAAACAUCUCAAUGUGUCAGCAGAUAGAUUGUGUCGAUGGUUGCGUACUACCUAUAAGCUACGGCCCGACGCCGAUGGCCUCCUGGGUAGGAAUGAGCUAAAGAUAAAACUCCGAAGAAAAGCUCGUCGAGCAAAGUUAGCUAAGAGCGCCAAAUCGACUCUCACGCAACCCGACGACGGCAUUACAACAGGCUGGAUAUGUGUUGAUGUGGGGACCGUGGAAGGCGGUCAAUUUCGUAAGCCGGAGGAGGAGCUUCGGAAAGUCGGUUUUGUUGGCUUCGGUACCGUUGUAGAAGGGACGCGGAUCGUUGUCCAAAUGAUGACAGAGGAGAAAAGGGAAGAAAUUGAUCUGGAGGGUCUUUGGCGCCAGAAACUGGAACGAAACUCUCUGGAGAAUGAAGGCCUCCCGCAACCUCAGGCGGCAGCUCCUCAAGAGGCGGGUGAUAUCCAUGAACAGUUAACCAUUCCUCCAACUAACAUAAACCAUCAAAUUAGCCACGCGACCCAAAUUUCGCCCAACUAUGAACAACGAAGGGGCAUAUCUACUGGAUCACGGUAUCAAGACGCCACAUCGGACACAUGGGGCACCUCUCGAAUUAGCCCAAAUGGUGAAACUACACACCUUGAGCCAUCCGCACCAUCCUCCCCAACAUCCCUGUCUCACCGUUUCAAAAACAUCCCACCACAUGAAGCGAUCUACGAUCUCGGGCAAGGCACACAUGACAGAUGUUCUACAGCCUUUUUACAGCAGUUUUACCAGGAAGUCGCACGAGCGCCUUCCGAACUAGCCUCCUCCCGAAGAAUAGAACUUAUGUGCAUUGCAAUUGAACUUCAUCAUCCCGGUUACCGCAAACCCGACCUCUUCCAGGCGAUCCAAGAGCAUAUUCUCUCAAACUACGCACUAACGCGAGCCCAGUUCCUGCAGAUUUUGGAUGCAUUCCUCUCUUUUAAACCCGACCUAACCUCGAAUCCUCCCAGGCUACUUCUUCCAAACGCUGAUAUGGAAUUGGCAUUACAAAUCAUAGACCAUGCAGGGCUCCGAGGUCUCAAUCUCCUUGACUCAACCAUUCUCGUCAAACUAUUUGUUGGAGUCUCAUUUCGGGCGCAGGUCUACCCAGUAGAGCAGAAAGAUCUACCCAAUUCCCCAGUUAUCGGCAACCGUAUUCCAGUUCCACUUAAUACUUGUGAUGCAGUAAAACGCGUCCAAUCGCGCCUCACCCGUGUCAAAACAGCCGCGAAAAUUUCGUUCACUGCGGAGCAGUAUAUGAAAAUCUUGCGAGUGCUCUUCGACCAAGGAUCAUAUUCAGGAUUCUGGAAUACAUGGGAAGACAUGGCGCUGGCUGGGGUAGCUCGAGAUAAAGCGCUUUAUGUAUUUCUUUUCCAACUCCACGCGGAAUCGGAUGGCUGGCAAUGUUUCACGACGCAGCUCCUAAACUGUAUUCCAAUGAUGGAAAGAGAAAAUCCGCCAGUACAUCUUGAUGGCGAGCUUGCAGAGGUCACGCAAAAAUGCAUUACCAUCGCAUAUCCAGAGAUAAUUGAUAGAGUGGAAAGAAAUGAGCAGAAUCCUCUGGUCAGAAUGUGGCACCGCUGCCGAGUCGCGAUUGAAAAUGCGGCAGCAGCUGGUGGGCGCGGACAGGAUUCCACUGCUCCGUAUGUCUGUAAUCACUCAGAUAUCUAACUUGUAAUAUUUUACCUGUACAAUAAGAUGAGAACCGCAUGUAUGAUAGCAUAGAGUUUGAAUAUCAAUGAAAACGAAAUUUUGUCAA